AUCUUCAGAGUUCCCGGUGGUCCUUGCUGUUGGCGCGGGCCCGCUGCUGUGGCGGUGGAGGCGGUUGAGACCGAAACUAAAUAUGUCUAGGAGGCGAACCCAGUCCGGGGGGGCCGCUCGGCGCUCUGAACCCAGGGCCCCAUCUCCUAAGUCCCUGCGGAGGUCCCUGCGAAAAUCAGGCUCUGAUUUCCCGAGCGUUCUUCCUGAAAUCUGCCAGAAGGCGUCCCCUGCGGCUCCAGUCAGAAAACCCAUUGUCUUGAAGAAGAUUGUGGCUCAGGCUGUAGAGGUCCCAGCUGCCCACUCUCCUCGCAGGAGCCCUAGGAUUGCUUUUUUCUUGGGGAAAGAAAACAAUCCUGUCCAGGAACCAAAGAAAGUGGACCUUUUCAAGACAUGCAGUGUCCCUGCCACCCCUGCUACCACUCCUGUGCUGUACCCACUGAAUAGCCAGUCCUGCUCCAGGGAAGGAGAGUUGGAUGCCAGAUACGUGGAAAUGUCUAAGAAAGUCAGGCGCUCCUAUAGCCGGCUGGACACUCUUGGAUGUGCCUCCACCUCCACCCCUGGCCUCCGGUCCUGCUUUGGCUUUGAGGACCCCGAGGAUUUGUCUGGAGUCUCACCUGUGCUGCAUUCAAAGUUAACCGAGAUCCCCAAGGUCCCUGCAAAGCUCUGGUCCCCAGACACGAAUCUCCCGGGAAUCUCUCCUCAAGUUAUGAAAGAGAAGCGAAAGAAGAAAAAGGUUCCAGAGAUACUGAAGUCGGAGCUGGAUGAGUGGGCCGCGGCCAUGAAUGCUGAGUUUGAAGCUGCUGAGCAGUUUGAUCUCCUGGUUGAAUGAGGUGGAGUGAGGGUACAACCUGGCCAGACCCUCCUCUCCUCUCCUUGUACAUAGCAUACUCAGUGAAGUCCCUCUGCAUAUGAGGCCGGUCUACCUCUCUGGCCUUAGGCAGCCCUGGCGGUAGUGUCAAGUUUCAGAAAAUAGGGCCCUCCUGGCCCCUUACUAUCGCCUUCCUGUCUCCCCAAAGCAUUGGGUUGAAAGGCCACUUCUGCUCUGAUUGGGGACUGUGGCUGCUCUGAACCAGCCCCAAGAGAAAUAGGUGCCGUAAAAUCUGGCUGGCCUCCACCUGUCCCUCUGGAUCUGCCCUCCAUUAGUGGCCUGUUUUCCAGUCACGAACCCAUCAGUGUAAAGAGGGGCUGGGUUCUGUGGACAGUCUAGGAGAGGCUUCACGGGCUAGGGGACUGUGCUGCCCUCAAGGAAGAAGCUGGACAGUCAGCCUGUGGGGCUCAAGUUUUGGUUUUUGUUGUGUUUUGCAAUACUGGGGAUUGAACCUGCCUUGGCUAUG